AUGAGACUGCCGCUGCUGGUGACCGCGGGCGUCCUGCUCGUGGCUCUCCUGCCCUGCCCGCCAUGCAGGGCUCUCCUCAUCAGGGGGCCCGUCCCAGGCGCCCGACAGGCCCCACAACUUCCCCAACCCCUAGAUUUCUUCCAGCCGCCGCCGACGCAGGUCCUUCCAGUUCGGCAGGUCCCGCUCAUCCUGGGGGAAGAAUACUUCUUCCGCCAAGGUAGCCUCAAUAAGAGCCCCGCUGCUCCCCUCUGGUCAGCCUCCUCGCCCCUCACCGGCCGCAGCAGCAGCCACCUUUCCCCUCAAGAGGUAGCCACCAACUUUUUCCGCGCGUUGAGGCAGCUGCGGUCGCUUCCCCGGCGCCCGCUCGGGAGACCUGCGGGUCCCGCUGAGCGCGGUGCUGAGAGCGCCCUCAGCGGUCCACAGGAGGCCCCGGAAAGGGAGAGGCGAUCCGGGGAAACUACCACCUCACUGGAUCUCACCUUCCACAUCCUCCGAGAAGUCUUGAAAAUGGCCAAGGCUGAGCAGUUAGCACAGCAAGCUGAAAGCAACAGGAAACUGAUGGAUUUUGUUGGGAAAUGA